AUGGGUGCCCCGGCCCGCGCGCUCGCGCUCUGCGUGGCCGUGGCCUUGGCCGUCGUGGGUGGUGCCGCCUCGGAGCGCCCCGGUUCGGAGCCUCGAGUGGUGCGGAGGGCGGCAGGAGUCCCUGGGCCGGAGCCCAUCCAACAGGAGCAGGUGAUCUUCAGCAGCGGGGACACCUUGGAGCUGAGUUGCCCCCUUCCUGGAGGGGGUCACGUGGGGCCCACGGUCUGGGUCAAGGAUGGCGCGGGGCUGGUGCCCUCCAGCCGCAUCCUGGCGGAGCCUCAGCGCCUACAGGUGCUCAACGCCUCCCAGGAAGAUGCAGGACUUUACAGCUACCAGCAGCGCCUUACCCAGCGUGUGCUGUGCCACUUCAGUGCGCGGCUGACUGACGCUCCUUCCUCCGGAGACGAUGAAGACGAGGAGGAUGAGGCUGAAGACACAGGUGAGUGCCCGGCUCCUUACUGGACUCGGCCCGAACGGAUGGACAAGAAGCUGCUGGCAGUGCCUGCUGCCAACACUGUCCGCUUCCGCUGCCCGGCCGCUGGCAACCCGACCCCCUCCAUCUCCUGGCUGAAGAACGGCAAGGAGUUCCGUGGGGAGCACCGCAUUGGUGGCAUCAAGCUGCGGCACCAGCAGUGGAGCCUGGUGAUGGAGAGCGUGGUGCCCUCUGACCGCGGCAACUACACGUGUGUGGUGGAGAACAAAUUCGGCAGCAUCCAGCAGACGUACACACUGGAUGUCCUGGAGCGUUCCCCACACCGGCCCAUCCUGCAGGCCGGGCUGCCCGCGAACCAGACAGCCGUGCUGGGCAGCGACGUGGAGUUCCACUGUAAGGUGUACAGCGACGCGCAGCCGCACAUCCAGUGGCUGAAGCACGUGGAGGUGAACGGCAGCAAGGUGGGGCCGGACGGCACGCCCUACGUGACCGUGCUGAAGUCCUGGAUCAGUGACAAUGUGGAGGCGGACGCGCGCCUGCGCCUGACCAAUGUGUCGGAGCGCGACGGGGGCGAGUACCUCUGUCGAGCCACCAAUUUCAUAGGCGUGGCCGAGAAGGCCUUUUGGCUGCGCGUUCACGGGCCCCGAGCAGCCCAGGAGGAGCUGGUGGAGGCAGGCGAGGCGGGCAGUGUGUACGCCGGCGUCCUCAGCUAUGGCGCCGGCUUCUUCCUCUUCAUCUUGGUGGUGGCCGCCGUGACGCUGUGCCGCUUGCACAGCCCGCCCAAGAAGGGCCUGGGCUCCCCGACUGUGCACAAAGUCUCCAGGUUCCCGCUGAAGCGACAGGUGUCCUUGGAGUCCAGCUCGUCCAUGACCUCCACCACGCCGCUGGUCCGCGUCGCCCGGCUGUCCUCCGGGGAGGGCCCCACGCUGGCCAACGUGUCAGAGCUGGAGCUGCCUGCCGACCCCCAGUGGGAGCUGUCCCGGGCCCGGCUGACCCUGGGGAAGCCCCUGGGAGAAGGCUGCUUUGGCCAGGUGGUCAUGGCCGAGGCCAUCGGCAUUGACAAGGACCGGGCAGCACGGCCCGUCACCGUGGCCGUGAAGAUGCUGAAAGAUGACGCCACUGACAAGGACCUGUCUGACCUGGUGUCGGAGAUGGAGAUGAUGAAGAUGAUUGGAAAACACAAAAACAUCAUCAACCUGCUGGGAGCCUGCACGCAGGGAGGGCCGCUGUACGUGCUGGUGGAGUACGCUGCCAAGGGGAAUCUGCGGGAGUACCUGCGGGCCAGGAGGCCUCCGGGCAUGGACUAUUCCUUCGACACCUGCCGCUUGCCCGAGGAGCAGCUCACCUUCAAAGAUCUGGUGUCCUGCGCCUACCAGGUGGCCCGCGGCAUGGAGUAUCUGGCCUCCCAGAAGUGCAUCCACAGGGACCUGGCCGCCCGCAACGUGCUGGUGACAGAGGACAAUGUGAUGAAGAUUGCCGACUUCGGCCUGGCCCGGGACGUGCACAACCUCGACUAUUACAAGAAGACCACCAACGGCAGGCUGCCCGUCAAGUGGAUGGCGCCCGAGGCCCUGUUUGACCGCGUCUACACGCACCAGAGCGACGUCUGGUCUUUCGGGGUGCUCCUCUGGGAGAUCUUCACGCUGGGGGGCUCCCCGUACCCCGGCAUUCCUGUGGAGGAGCUCUUCAAGCUGCUGAAGGAAGGCCAUCGCAUGGACAAGCCGGCCAACUGCACACAUGACCUGUACAUGAUCAUGCGGGAGUGCUGGCACGCCGCGCCCUCGCAGAGACCCACCUUCAAGCAGCUGGUGGAGGACAUGGACCGCAUUCUCACCGUGACGUCCACCGAUGAGUACCUGGAUCUGUCGGCGCCUUUUGAGCAGUAUUCCCCAGGUGGCCAGGACAGCCCCGGCUCCAGCUCCUCGGACGACGACUCCGUGUUCACCCACGACCUGCUGCCCCCAGGGCUGCCCAGCAGCGGGGGACCGCGGACUUGAAGGGCCUGACGCCCCCAGGCCUGUGAGAGCCCAUUGUGGCGCUCAGCUCAGCUGCUGCUGGCUCUGCCCUUGGCCCCGGCUCGGGUGGGCGCACGGACAGGGCCCACGGUGCCUGCGUGUGUUGCAGCCCCAAGGGCACCAGAAGUAGAAUGUAGGGGGACCCCUGCCCCCCAUUGCUGGCCGAAGGCCCCCCAGCCU